AUGCAAACAACCGGUGGUAGUAGCAGCGGUUUCUUUUGUAUGGAUUUCAACAAUUGGUAUUUCUCGCAGUUUGUGGAUUAUAUGACGCUAAUUCGUCGGACAACAUAUUGUCAACGGUUCAUUCGAAAUCAUCGAAGCAAGUAUCAAAGGGGCGAAUUUGAGGCGGGAAGCUUGACCUCAUUAAACACGACUGAGCUACGCAAGGCAGAGUUUACCGUAAUUCGUUUGGUUCAACAAGAAGUUUUUGGGAAAGAGUUUCACGCUUUAACGCAUAACAGACCGGUGCACAGACAAUCGGCCCUACGCUGGUUUCAUCCAGGACUCUCCAUUGACGGGGUCAUUCGCAUAGGUGGACGAUUGGGAAAAUCGCAAGAAUCAGAGGAAGCGAAACAUCCUAUGGUGUUGCCCGCACGACAUCAUGUUACUAAAUUAUUGUUGCGACCUUACCAUUUGAGGCUACUAGAUGCAGGGCCUCAAUUACUGUUGAAUAGCGUUAGGCAAAGGUUCUGGCCUCUCGGAGGACGAAGUGUGGCGAAACAAAUUGUUCAUCAGUGCAUACGGUCUUGUCGUCUUAAAGCCACACCAAUGCGGCAAUUUAUGGCAGAACUACCGGCAUCAAGGGUCACGGUAGCUAGAGCAUUUUCAACUACAGGUGUUGAUUAUUUUGGCCCUGUUCAUAUUCGGCCAGGAUACCGUCGAACGGCAGAAAAGGCAUACGUGUCCGUGUUUGUCUGUUUUGUUACUAAGGCGGUACACUUGGAGUUGGUCGGAAAUCAAUCAACGGCAUGUUUCAUCCAGGCGCUGAGAAGAUUUGUGGCACGUCGUGGUCUGUGCUCUACACUGCAUUCCGAUAACGGUACCAAUUUUGUGGGGGCAAGGAACCAGCUAAAGGAUCUCAUGGCUAAUCUCAGAAGCAAACAACAUCACGAAGACGUAGCAAGGGAAUGCGCCAAGUUAAACAUCCAAUGGCAUUUUAUUCCGCCAGGUGCGCCUCAUUUUGGGGGAUUGUGGGAGGCAGCAGUGCGCUCAUCGAAAUACCAUUUAUUACGAGUGCUGGGAGAAACACCUGUUUACUUCGAGGAUAUGCUUACUACGCUUGCUCAAGUGGAAGCUUGCCUCAACUUUCGGCCUUUAACACAGCUGACAGAUCGUCCUAAUGAUUUGAAACCGCUAACUCCGGGGCAUUUUCUGGUUGGUGGCUCGCUUCAAGCUGUUCUAGACAACAAUUUUGUCGACAUACCAACAAAUAGACUGCACCAUUGGCAAGCAGUGCAAAAGAAGGUACAGGAAUUCUGGAAGCGUUGGUGA